AUGGAACCGGGUCAUUUGAUUAGUCUUCUAGUAUGUUUUCUCGUAGUCUCCUCUGCCACAGUUUGCAUGGGAGAGAAGUGGCCGUCACAAGCCUCUAGUUCUCUCUCGCAUGAGAAAUCUGCCGAGUCCGUGAGAACUUUCAUCCAAUCUAGCCGUAAAGGCCAGCUUCUUUACGAUGAGCGUCUUCGUGCGGCAAAGUUCAAGGAAAGGGAACUAGAUCAUCACAACCAUCGAGGAUUACAAUUGCAUGCGUCAAAGAUUUAUCACAGUGGGGAGAGGGUUCUUCAUGAACAUGAAACCGACCCCUCGCCCCAUGGGAUUUCACGAGCAGUUUCGUUGCUAGAAGCUAGCUUUAUGGAAGGUGAUGCACUUCUCGCAUUCAAGGACGGGAUCCGGAACUAUUCGGCGGGUGCCUUGGUUGAUUGGACUCCUGACAAGAGAUCAGAGUACUGUUCGUGGUCGAGAGUCACUUGCAAUCGUGAGUUGCAUGUUACUGCUCUCCACUUGUCUUCGCUGGAUUUGACUGGCUCGUUGGGCCCUUCCUUGUGCAAUCUUUCGUACCUGGAAGAGCUCCAUCUACACCAAAACUUUCUGAAAAGCGAGAUUCCUCCGGAGUUAGGACGGCUCUCGAGGUUACGAAUCCUGAACCUGGAAGAAAAUCUGCUCCACGGAAGCAUUCCUAAAGAGGUGGGAAAUCUGACAAGCCUGCAGGUACUGAACCUUGGCUCUCAGGGAUGGGACUUCAAUGGAACGAUUCCAGUUGAGCUCGGGCAGCUCUCGGAACUACGGUUUUUAAAUCUCGGAGCUGUGAAUCACCGGGAUUCGGAGAAAAUCAAUUACAUGACCGCUACAAAUAACCUCAGAGGCAGCAUUCCCAGGUCCCUAGGAAAUUGCACAAAGUUGUUGUACUUGGAUCUCUACGGCAACUUCCGUCUUACAGGUGUGAUCCCAGAGGAGCUUGGAAACCUUAUACACCUGGAGUAUCUCAGUUUUGAGCAGAACAAUUUCACAGGAGCUGUACCACAUCAGCUGGGGAACUUGACCAUAUGCAAAUACCUUAAUUUUCGUGGGAAUGCACUGCAAGGGCAUCUACCCGUGGGACUUGCAAAUCUGUCACGGCUCGUCGGCCUCGAUGUGGGGAAGAACUUUUUCACCGGAAACCUGGUCCAUGUCAGUUCCACAGCAUGGUCUGAAUUAUUAUGGUUCUAUGCAGAUCAAAAUUCAUUUAGUGGAACAUUUCCUGAGCUCGUCUUCUCUUCUCGAAACUUGGGGGCGUUGGUUCUCAGCUACAACAACUUCAGUGGUAAUCUGCCUGCGGACCUUGGGAGGCUGUCAAGUGCGAAGUACAUCUACAUGGAUAGCAAUAUGUUCGGAGGAGACCUCCCUGAAUCUUUAACAAACAUGAGCUUGCUCACCUCUUUGAAAGUCUGGAAUAACAAGCUCACUGGUACUUUGGAUGCGGCAAGGAAUUCAACACUGCUGGAAGUUCUGUAUCUUGGAAGUUCGGAUUCAAUCCACAAUACAUUCACAGGACGUCUGACGGAUGAGAUGGUGAGGUCGUGGCCGAAACUGGAAAUUCUGUACCUUGAUUACAAUGCUAUGAUAGGAAAGAUCCCCACAGCCCUAGGGAAUGUGACACAACUCAAAUUUUUGUCUUUAAAAGGAAACAAGUUCGAUGGAGGUAUUCCUGAAGAGCUUGGAGACCUGAAAAAGUUGCAAUUCUUGUUGUUGAAUGACAAUGAGCUCACGGGAAAGCUUCCCGCUAGCUUGGCGAACCUGCAGGAUGUUGAAAUGAUAAACUUGGAACUUAACAAGCUAAGAGGCUCCAUACCUUAUCAGUUGGGCAACCUCACGAAGAUGAGGUACUUGAUGCUUCAUAGUAACAAUCUGACCGGUGAGAUUCCACCGGAUUUGGGGAAGCUAAAGAAGUUAGGAUGCCUUAGUCUCUACAACAACAAUCUCACCGGCAACAUUCCAGUUACCCUUUCCAACUGUAGUGCCCUGGACAGAAUUCUACUGAGUUACAAUUCUUUCAAAGGACAGCUUACACACAUAAAUUUCGCAGGACUGGAAUCUCUCCUCGUGUUUUCAAUCACCGAUAACCAAUUCAGUGGUCUCUUUCCCGUCACAUUAUGGAAUUGCUCUAGACUGUACUGGUUGGAUUUGAGUAGGAACCAAUUCUCGGGAAUGCUACCGAAGUUUGAUGUACUAAAUGCGCAUCUGCAUCAGCCUCACUCACAAGGGUUAACCUUGACGGGGCUGCGAGUGUUGAGUUUGACGUCGAACCACUUCAACGGACCUAUACCUUCUUGGAUCUGGAUGUUGCCGUUACUGCAAGUGCUUGAUCUUUCUUCCAACGCAUUCACUGGUGUAUUGCCUAGGAACCUCUCAGGGUUGGUGAACUACAAGCUCCCCUUGGAGAGAAAACUCAAUAGAGGAAACUACUAUCUAAAUUCGCGCCUCUUUGUGGAUAUAUCACUCAGAAGAGGAGAAAAUAUUUUGGGAUACACAUAUGUGCUACAUUCAUUGAUGUUGUUGGAUGUUUCUGGUAAUGAAAUUACUGGAGAACUACCCAAGGAGUUGGGCACAUUGCACGGUCUUAAAUACCUCUUCAUGGCCAAAAACAAUUUCGACGGAUCUAUCCCCACCGAGCUCGGAGAAAUUAUUGAUUUGUCAGAGUUGGAUUUAUCUGAAAACCAACUAUCGGGUCCAAUCCCAGAGUCACUGAGCAGAUUGCGAUUGGGUUAUCUUAACUUGUCACUUAAUCAACUAUGCGGUCCUAUUCCUGUUGCAGAUUCAUUUGACACGCGCUUGUCUAAAUCUUUUCUGCCUGGGAACCCCAAGCUUUGUGGAGAUUCUAUAAAUAAGCCCUGCCAAUCUUUUGCUUUUAGUUGUGGUGGUGAUCUUGAUCUUGUUUCCAUCACUAAAGGGGUAGACUCAUGGAGUUUGUAUUUUCAUGGUGUGCCCAUGACGGCCUUCGCAAUAGGAGCUUCGGUUGGAUUCGCUACUGUCAUAGGUCUGAUUACUUUGAUCCCAUCCUUGAGAAACAGGUUCUUAUUUGCAGAUAAUCCAAAGAUGGAGCAUACUCAGUUUGACUAUGGUCUCUUUGUCCGUAGUUCUUAG